AUGGCCAAUGCUUCCAGCGCCAACUCCCAGCCGGCCGACGGCACCUCACCGGCGGAGAACCCUCAAGCGAUCACUCCCGCCGUCGCAACCACCACGCCGCCGUCAAAUGUUCUACACCAGGCACAUCAUUACGUGUCAAUUAAGCUGACUGCCACGAACUAUUUGUUCUGGAGAGCGCAGCUUGUACCAUUUCUUAAAGGACAGAACCUGUUUGGUUUCGUCGACGGCACAUCCGUCUGCCCACCGGAACUUGUUGCUGCGUCCUCCUCCGAUGCGCCGCCGGUGGUCAAUCCUCUCUGUGCUCAAUGGAUUCAGCAAGAUCAAUCCAUAUUGAGCAUGCUUUUCUCCUCUCUUGCUGAAGAGGUCCUGUACCUAGCCACUGGCCAUGCUUCAAAACCUUCGACAAGGGGACUCUUCACCCACGGAGUAUCUCAGCCGUGCCUAGUCCUCGUCGAGCAGCUCACUCAGGCCGGCCGUCCGGUAAACCUCGACGAGCAGAACCUCCAUGUCUUUCGAGGCCUGCGAUCAGAGUACAGAGCGUUGGUGGCUUCCCUCACGUCCAAAAGUGCGCCAUUGACGUUGCCGGAGGUGGCUGAUCUCCUCGCAACGCAUCAAUAUCUGUUUGCGGACGAUGCAUCACCUCCCUUGCCACAAUUUCCGUCGGCCCUCUUCACCCAGCAGCCAGCUGCGGCGAACCCUCCUGACGGAAACCGAGGUCGUGGUCGUAACCACAGAGGGUAA